GCUAAGAGGAAAGAAAGGCAACCGGCAAAUCCCCCAAAGAAAAAAAUUUAUUUACACACAGUCGCGGCCACUACCAGCGCGACGCAGUCGAGCCAUUCGGAAGGUAGGCGGAGCGAGCUUCCCGCUCCAUUUUUAGCUUCUGGAUCAGAUUUCUGGCCGCAUCUUCUCCUUCUCCCUCCUCCUCGUAGAGGAGAGAGAAGCAGAAGAGCAAGAGGAAGGAAGGUGAAGAAACGAACAAGGUGAAAAGCUGCAAGUCGGAAAUCCUUUUUCUGUUUCUUCGUCUCGGAAAUUCACUCCGAGUGAACUCGUAAUCGUUACUCUAAUCUUGCUAGGGUUUUCUUCCCGUGCUUACCAUCCCGUCGGAGGUACUGCUUCUAACUGCAUUGCGUUUAGAUUCUAGGUUUCCGUCGGCACUUGAUUUAAUCUCCCGUCGGCGGCUGUUUCGUCGGCGAGUUGCCCGAGGUACUCGCUGUUUGUGUAGAUUCGCGGUGAGUUGUUUGCGGCUUCGGCUGGAAUUUCGUUGGAUUUUGGAAAUGAUUCACGUGGCAUGUGCUGCAUUCGUGUUUGUCGUGGUUAGGAUUGUGAAUGCGACGUUUAGGUUUUUUUGUGGCGUUGCUACUGAAAAAUCGGAAUGUGUGAUCUCCUUAGUUUCGCGUUUUGUUCAAGUAUCGAUUUGAUCCCCGCUGCUGUUGGUCUUGGCUGUCUAGAAUGUUGAGUGCUUCAAGAAUGAGCUCUGAAUCUGAAACGUUGUUUGGCAAUGUGGAUUGGACUAAGGAAAGCCAGCUGAAUUUUUCAAUUUUGGUUCUCUUGUUUUCGUGAUGCUAAGUGACGGUAGUUGUUUAUUUGCAGUGUAUAGACUACAGAUGCAGAGAUAGUUUCAACAUUAAUGGUGUGUUCACUGGGAAAUGGGAGGAUGGCUGUCAUGGCCAGGAUUCUAGCUGCUGGAAGUGUGUCAUCGCAGAAUCUAGCAGUGGAAAUUGGCCGUCGACAAUCAGUUGCAAAAUGCAUGUACAGGGAGUUACAUGAGGCUGAUGAACCAAACUUGCUUGAUGAGGAAGACAUGCAUGUCUUUGGUGUGGAGCCAAUGACUGAUCCUCUGCAUCUGGUAUGCUGCAAUGCUUGUAAGAAGCCAGUGAAGGCAAGUCAGUAUGCAGCUCAUUCAGGUUAUGAGUUUUCUGUUUCCUCUGUUUUCCUUUCUCCAGAGAAAAUUAUCGUGGUUAAUCAGACCAAGUCUUUGCUCUGCUGUACUCUGAUGCCAGCAAAUUUAAUAAUCUUGUAUGGAUAGUUUUCACUGUAAGAAUGUCACUGUUUUGCAAAAAACAUGGAGUCAAGUCUUUUCAUUUACCUAGUCUCACAUUGCUAUCGCUACCAAGGUGCAAAUGUGUAUCUGGUUAAGUUUGUUUACUUUUUUCUUGUGAAUGAAGUUUGUAGUUUUUUGUUAAGCUGUUUGCCCCUAACAUUUCCCUUGAAUUUGCACAGUCGGUUCUUUUAAAUUGGCUUGGUAAUUGACAGAAAAACGAGAUAUGAAGCUUUAUAGACUUAAAACAAAUAGAAGGGUAUCUGCUGGAUAAGCUUUCAUUAGCAUUAUAUCUGUAGAGUCUCUGUAUAUAAAAUAUAUCCAAAUUGAUUGUUUCAUUAUUUUAUAGCUGUAGAUUAUUCUUCUUGAUCGAUAUCCUAUUAUCCUUAAUUCUGCACUAAGUUGGAUUCUUUUACUUUUGUUCCUUUUCCAGAACUGUGUAGAUCAUUGAAAUAUGUUGGAGAAAUUACAACGAGAGAUGCUGGCGGUAAAGGGCACAGGAAAGCUCCUAAGAAAGAGAGGAAAAAGUUGAUGGCACACUCUAGUAUCCUUGUAGUUCUUGUUUCUGUUAUGGCCUUAAAAAAUAUAUUUUAUGCAGUAUAGAAUAGACGACUCGGAUGCCUGUUUGACUAUUGUCACCUGCUACUGCUAUUUUCGUAUACAGAUAGGUUGGUAAAUAGGGGUCGUUUGCUUCUAGGAUUUUAGAAAAUGAGGGAUUAUGAUAAAACCUUGGAUUUUGAAUAUGAGAGAUUAUGUUGGAUUUUGAUUAUGUUGGAUUUUGAAACUUCCAUGUUUGUUUGUAGGAUUUGGUAAUGGCUUUUAGUAGGUUGGAAUUAUGGCUUGAUGGGGGAAAUUACUUUAUUAUCCUUAAUGAACCACUUUUUACUUUACUUGUAUUUUGAAUGUUUUUGUAUAUACAUGAAGAAUUAGCAUAUGUAAAAAUGGCAGCAACAUCCAUACUAUUUGGUCAUAUUGCAAGAAGCCAUUAAAGUAAAUUGAAACUCUCAACCCAAACCAAUAAUGUCGAAAGGAAAAUCAAGGGUUUGGAUUGGAUUAUAAAUGUUUGAGCCCGGGCGACUGGGCGUCACUCGGGUCCAAGGGGUUUGGGGUGUCAGCCAUGACCUUGAAAGGGUAGGCGCCCCUCCUCGUCCGAAAUAAGAGAAGAGAAGAGAAGAAGUGUAUAGAGAGAGAAAGUAGAGAGAAGUAGUAGUAAGUGUAGAUGGAUCGUCAUUUAUGAGGAGAGAACUCCUAUUUAUAUACAUUUGAGAGGUAGGUAGUGGUCUGGGCGCCUGCCAAGCCAUAAAUGCUCUGGUCGGGCGCCUCAGACUCUCUGACACUGUUCAUAGUCCUUUUGGCAGAGGGUGUCCCCCUGCCCCUUGUCCUUGCUGCUGUCAGGUGCCUGGGCUUGUCUCUUGUCCCCCAGCCUUGUCUUUUUCCUCUUGUCUUCUUCCUUUCUCCAUGUCAUUAGCCAUGGUAUUAAUUCCUCAAUCAAUAUGAUACCCUAUCAAUUGCCCCUUUUGGCGAUGCCGUGAGUAUACGGUAUUGUCAAACAAAUAUGCCCUAUGUUGGUAAACUACACAAACUAUGAAGAAACGGAAAAAGAAGAAAGAAGGAAAGAAAAAAUAAAAAAUAAAAAAAAUAAAAUACAUAGAUAAUG